CCAGUGAGAGGGGAACAGGUGGCGCCCAGAGAAGGGACUUGCUUGCGGGACCAGGGCUGCAAUGGCUCUGGAGGCGGGCAGGAACGGGACGGCCCGGCGCCCCAGGGGAGCGGAGGGCGACUUGGAACUGGGUAACUGCAGCAACCAAGACAAGAACAAGAUGAAGAAAGUAAAUUUGAUUGGACCAUUAGCAUUGUUUCGAUACUCUGAUUGGCAGGAUAAAUUAUUUAUGUCCCUGGGCACCAUCAUGGCCAUAGCUCAUGGAUCAGGUCUUCCACUCAUGAUGAUAGUAUUUGGACAAAUGACUGAUAGCUUUGUUAAUACUGCAGGAAACUUCUCUUUCCCAGUGAAUUUCUCAUUGUCGCUGUUAAAUCCAGGCAUAAUUCUGGAAGAAGAAAUGACUAGGUAUGCCUAUUACUACUCAGGCUUAGGUGCUGCAGUUCUCGUGGCUGCCUACAUUCAAGUUUCAUUUUGGACUUUGGCAGCUGGCCGACAAAUUAAGAAAAUCAGGCACAAAUUUUUUCAUGCCAUUCUACAACAGGAAAUAGGCUGGUUUGAUAUCAAAGACACCACAGAGCUCAACACACGGCUGACAGAUGACAUCUCCAAAAUCAGUGAAGGAAUUGGUGACAAGGUUGGAAUGUUCUUUCAAGCAGUAGCCACGUUUUUUGCAGGAUUCAUAGUGGGGUUCAUCAGAGGAUGGAAGCUCACCCUUGUGAUAAUGGCCAUCAGCCCUAUCCUGGGACUCUCUGCAGCAGUUUGGGCAAAGAUCCUCUCCGCGUUCACUGACAAAGAGCUGGCUGCCUAUGCAAAAGCAGGAGCCGUGGCCGAAGAGGCUCUGGGGGCAAUCAGGACUGUGAUCGCUUUCGGGGGACAGAAAAAGGAGCUAGAAAGGUAUCAGAAACAUUUAGAAAACGCUAAAAAGAUCGGAAUUAAGAAAGCGAUUUCGGCAAAUAUCUCAAUGGGCAUUGCCUUCCUGUUAAUAUAUGCAUCGUAUGCAUUGGCCUUCUGGUAUGGAUCCACUCUGGUUAUAUCAAGAGAGUAUACUAUUGGAAAUGCAAUGACAGUCUUUUUUUCAAUCCUAAUCGGAGCUUUCAGUGUUGGCCAGGCUGCUCCUUGUAUUGAUGCUUUUGCCAAUGCGAGAGGAGCGGCCUAUGUGAUCUUUGAUGUAAUUGAUAAUAAUCCUAAAAUUGACAGUUUUUCAGAGAGAGGACACAAACCAGACAACAUCAAAGUGAAUUUGGAGUUCAAUGAUGUUCAUUUUUCUUACCCAUCUCGAGCUAAUGUCAAGAUCUUGAAGGGCCUCAGCCUGAAGGUGCAGCACGGACAGACGGUGGCCCUGGUUGGGAAGAGCGGCUGUGGGAAAAGCACCGUGGUCCAGCUGAUACAGAGACUGUAUGACCCUGAUGAGGGCACGAUUAGCAUCGAUGGGCAAGAUAUUAGGACGUUUAAUGUAAGAUAUUUAAGGGAAAUCAUUGGAGUGGUGAGCCAGGAGCCAGUGUUGUUUUCUACCACAAUUGCUGACAAUAUCCGCUAUGGCCGUGGAAAUGUAACCAUGGAUGAGAUCAAGAAAGCUGUCAAAGAAGCCAAUGCUUAUGAAUUUAUCAUGAAACUGCCACAGAAAUUUGACACGCUGGUUGGGGACAGAGGCGCCCAGCUAAGUGGCGGGCAGAAACAGAGAAUCGCCAUCGCAAGAGCCCUGGUCCGCAAUCCCAAGAUCCUCCUGCUGGACGAGGCCACCUCUGCCUUGGACACGGAGAGUGAGGCUGAGGUACAGGCUGCCCUGGAUAAGGCCAGAGAAGGCCGGACCACCAUCGUGAUAGCACACCGAUUAUCCACAAUUCGGAAUGCAGAUGUUAUUGCUGGGCUUGAGGAUGGAGUUGCAGUGGAGCAAGGAAGUCACAGUGAACUGAUGAAGAAGGAAGGGGUGUAUUUCAAACUUGUUAACAUGCAGUCCUCAGGAAACCACAUCCAAUCAGAAGACUUUGAGGGAGACCUGAAUGAUGAAAGUGCUGCCACUGGUAUGGCCCCAAAUGGGUGGAAACCGCGCAUAUACAGGAAUUCCACGCAUAAAAGCCUUAGAAAUUCACGGAUGCAUCACAGUAGCCUUGAUGAGGAAACUGAUGAACUUGACGCAAAUGUGCCACCAGUGUCUUUUCUGAAGGUUCUGAAGCUCAAUAAAACAGAAUGGCCCUACUUUGUGGUAGGAACUGUAUGUGCCAUUGCCAACGGGGCUCUCCAGCCAGCGUUUUCACUCAUCUUCUCAGAGAUGAUAGAGAUUUUUGGGCCUGGGGACGAUGAAGUAAAGCAGCAGAAGUGCAACCUGUUUUCCUUGCUAUUUUUAGGCCUGGGGAUUAUUUCAUUUUUCACUUUCUUCCUCCAGGGUUUCACGUUUGGGAAAGCUGGAGAGAUCCUCACCACAAGACUUCGGUUGAUGGCUUUUAAAGCAAUGCUAAGACAGGACAUGAGCUGGUUUGAUGACCACAAAAACAGUACUGGUGCACUUUCUACAAGACUGGCAACGGAUGCCUCCCAAGUCCAAGGAGCCACAGGAACCAGGUUGGCGUUAAUUGCGCAGAAUACCGCUAACCUCGGAACUGGCAUUAUCAUCUCAUUUGUUUACGGUUGGCAAUUAACCCUUUUGCUGUUAUUGGUUGUUCCGAUUAUUGCCGUGUCAGGAAUUGUUGAGAUGAAAAUGCUGGCGGGAAAUGCCAAAAGGGAUAAAAAAGAACUGGAAGCUGCUGGAAAGAUUGCAACAGAGGCAAUAGAAAAUAUCCGUACAGUGGUGUCCUUAACUCAGGAAAGAAAAUUUGAAUCAAUGUAUGUUGAAAAACUGUAUGGGCCUUACAGGAAUUCUGUGCAAAAGGCACACAUCUAUGGCAUUAUGUUUAGUAUUUCACAAGCAUUUAUGUAUUUUUCCUAUGCCGGCUGUUUUCGAUUUGGUGCCUAUCUCAUUGUGAAUGGACACAUGCGCUUCAGAGAUGUUAUUCUGGUGUUUUCAGCAAUUGUGUUUGGUGCAGUGGCUCUAGGGCAUGCUAGUUCAUUUGCUCCAGACUAUGCCAAAGCCAAGCUGUCCGCAGCCCACUUAUUUAUGCUGUUUGAAAGACAACCUUUGAUUGACAGCUACAGUGAAGAGGGCCUAAGGCUUGGUCAAUUUGAGGGAAAUGUGACGCUGAGUGAUGUCGUGUUCAGCUACCCCACCCGGCCGAAUGUCCCCGUGCUCCAGGGGCUGACUCUUGAGGUGAAGAAGGGCCAGACGCUGGCCCUGGUGGGCAGCAGUGGCUGUGGGAAGAGCACAGUGGUCCAGCUUCUGGAGCGCUUCUACGACCCCAUGACUGGGACAGUGCUCCUAGAUGGUCAAGAAGCAAAGAAACUCAAUGUGCAGUGGCUCCGAGCGCAACUGGGCAUUGUGUCCCAGGAGCCCAUCCUGUUUGACUGCAGCAUUGCCGAGAACAUCGCCUACGGAGACAAUAGCCGCGUUGUAGCACACGAUGAAAUUGUGAGCGCAGCCAAAGCAGCCAACAUACACCCCUUCAUCGAGACGUUACCCCAGAAAUAUGAAACACGAGUGGGAGAUAAGGGGACUCAGCUCUCGGGAGGUCAAAAACAGAGGAUUGCUAUUGCCCGAGCCCUCAUCAGACACCCUCACAUUCUCCUGUUGGAUGAAGCGACAUCAGCGCUGGACACCGAAAGCGAAAAGAUUGUCCAGGAAGCACUGGACAAAGCCCGAGAAGGCCGCACCUGCAUUGUGAUCGCCCACCGCCUCUCCACCAUCCAGAGCGCAGACUUGAUCGUGGUGUUCCAGAACGGCAAAAUCAAGGAGCACGGCACGCACCAGCAGCUGCUGGCGCAGAAAGGCAUCUACUUCUCCAUGGUCACUGUUCAGGCUGGGACACAGAACUCAUAAACUCUUACUACAAGAUGUCUUAAUAAUACAUUUAAAUCCUUCUACAACCUUACCUGACUUGUAACAGAAGUGUCCAGUUUAUGUUAUGAUGAGAUAUAGGUAUGUCUGAUUUCAGGUCAAUUUAAAGCAUCCAUAUAGGUAUUUGAUAUUCCAGCAUUUGAAAUUUGAGCGUUAGAAGCAAGACCUGCUUUGGUGAAGUAUGAAAACUGCCUCACUUUCCCUGAGUAACUAUCAGCAACAUACACAGCAAGAAGAGCAAAGUUCAAGCACGUACAGCUGCAGAUCCAACAGAGGUCACAGAGGGAAAAUCUCCUGGUUCUGAAUGGAUAAGUAGAUGGCAGGGUGGCAAUGGGAACAAUUUUUCCAAAUAUGAAAAAUAAAAGUGUUCAAUAGCGUUGUCUCUCA